GUAGAUUAUAUCAAGCAACAAAUCGUGUACGCCAUGGAAAGAAUAAAAAUUCAUAUACUUCAGAUGAAGAAUUUGGUGGUUUAGAUAACAAAAAGGUUUUAGAAAAAUUGGAAGGUGAUAAAACCACUUCUAGAGAAGUACCAAAUUCAGUUUCGGAAAGACUUGCUCCAAAUUAUUUAGGUGAUGUGUCAAAAUUGGAUAAUGCUGAAGGAUCGUCCAAUAAUUCAAAUAGUAAUCUAGGUAAUGAUUUCAAUAGAAAUCAAAAUACAG